AUGGGACAAGAAAGAGCCGCUAAGAAAUUACCAACGAAGGGCGACGAGACCUCAGGUGCGGUGGACAAUCUGACGGAACCUACUGCUCGCCAGAAGGAGUUGCGCGGCUGUGGUGGAUCGCCGAAAAACAGGACGAGGCGCCUGAGCAAAGGGCAGCCCAACAUUAUCGUCUCUAAAGUGCCCCAAUCAACUUGGACCUGUUCGAGGGCGAGCGUGUGCAAACUUUUAAACCGCACGCUCUCGACCGGGCUCAGCCUGCAUUUGCACAGGUGUAGUUCUUCGAGGGACUCGGCUAAGAAGACAGCCGAGGGGAAUUUAUCAACUUCAACGACACUAGAUUUUGAUUCUUGUUUUAAGAUAUGUGCAGUACAAGUGUCUACUUAUGAGACCUACAAGAAAAAAAAUUCAUUUCCACACUUGGGGCCUGGACUUUUUCAAUUCCGCUACACUGGAAAUCUGUGUAACUACACUAAGUUAUAUCGAGCAGCUCUUUUUCUUUCUCGGAGCGAAUUCGACGGAUGCAAAGUGUAUAAAGAAAUAAGUUCAAGAAGAGUUAUGAGAGCUGGCAAGAAUAUGGUCCAGUUUCAGAGGAAUGAUUGGUACUGGAAGACAGAUACCUCAACUGGAGAUCGUAAUAGCAAUUUUAGGGAGCCUCCUAGAUCGUUCGAGUCUCUAUCCCUAUCUUGCAUUUGUUUGCUGCAAUCAACAUCCUCAAUCACUAUAAUUGACCGGUUAUUCGUGCUCAGCAACUGCCUCUUCCGAGUUGCUGUACAAACUCGCGAGCUCCAAAUCGUUCACGUCGAACUUGAGUUGCCAAUUGCCGCUACUAGGCUCGACUUUCCGGUGCCCGGUGGCCUGUGCAGCAGGGUAACCCUCCUCCACGCCUUCCAUACACUCCGGUAG